AUGAAGUGCGAACUUGCACAUGAACGAGAAAUGAAGAAACUUCUUCUGCAAUCGAGAGACGAAUGGAAACUCACCGUGGCCGAGCUCAAGAAACGUUACGAUAACGCCAUGCAUGAUGAUUACGAGUGGAAAAUACGUUAUGAGACCCAAGUAGACAUCAACAAGCAAUUUGAAAGACAAAUCCAGCAGUUAGCCGAAAAAUUGAGGAACCAAAAAGCCAACAUAAAGAAUAAAACAGACUUAGAUAAUAUGGCCGAAACCGACCUUAAAAGGAUGAUAAGUCAAUUGACCAGAGAGAAGGGCAACUUAGACAGUCAACUCAAAGAUUUUGAGUGGCGACUCGACCAAGAAGCCAAAGCUUUUAUUCGAGCUGACGAAAAACGGAAAAUGAUUCUCCUCGACAUCAGCCAGGCUAAGAAUGUAAUAAAGGAGACUGAGAGGCAGUGUGACGCAAGACUUUUUAACAUGAGAAAGAAGCACUAUAAAAGGCUUCGAGAAAGAUUCAAAGUCACCUUGCCACCCUUGGAUAGAGAGUCAAAUAAACGUGUGGUCGUUGCAGAAGGGGGGUACGCCAAGCAGGCACAGAUGAAAA